CAAACUUGGAAGUAAAGUCUCAGAUUCCUCAGACCUGUGGCCCAAAACAUUUGCUAUGGCAUGCAUUGCAGUCAUUCCUGUCCUGCUGAUAUUAAGCUUUUUCCAACAUAAGACAUUGUUUUGCACAAUUCUGGCAAGUGGAAAAGAAGAUAUAAAGGAUGCACUUAGGCUACAUAAUGUUCUGUGGGCCACCAAGGAUGAUUCAAGAGUUAUUUUGUCCUGGAACAAUAACCUGACAAAAGAAGAAACCAAGAAAUACACUGUGAAGUAUAUUUUGAGUUAUAAGUUCUUCAAUACCUCUAAGGAAAGGAAAGAAAGACUGCAGGAGAAGGAAAAAAUAAUACGUCUUCAAUUGCACUCUGGUUUUAAUGCUAAAGUUAAGACACAACUUUUUGCAAAAGAAACAGAAGACAUGAUUGAGGAGAGUGACUGGACAGAAUUUACUUAUGAGGCACCUCCAGUUUACAUUCAGAAUCUUUCGUGCAUCAUAUAUAAUGUUUCUUUUUUCAAUUGCACAUGGCACAUCAAAGCAGAAGCUCCUGAAGACAUCCAGAUCUUUUUCUCAUACAAACAUGUAGGAAAGGUUUUUGCAUGCCAGCAAUAUAUAAAAAAUGCAAGGAAGAAAAAUAUUGGAUGCUAUAUGAAACAAAUGCAUUUCCAACCAUCAAGGAAAAUAAAUUUAAAUAUAACUGUGAGGAAUCUGACAAAUAGCUCAAGAGGACCAUCUUAUUACAAAUCUUUCACACCUCAGACAAUAGAGAAGCUGAACCCACCAAUCAAUGUCUCAGUUUCAAUUGAAAACAGAAGUAUUAAAAUUCAUUGGAAACCUCCACCUACUAUUGGUUCAGCAAGGAAAAAGUGUUUUUUGUACCAAGUGAAAAUAACAGAUCACAAGAUUGCAAAUGUCACUGAUGAGAACUAUAAGUAUCCAUUUCAUAAGCCAGCAAAAAGAUGUGCAGCACAAGUGAGGGUAAAGAAGGAGAUUUGCAUAGCAAACAAGAUCUGGAGUGAAUGGAGUGAACCAGUAAUUAUUCAUGAUGAAAAGACAGUGGAUAUUCUACUGCUAAGCAUCGCAUUGUUUUGUCCUCUGGCUUUCCUUGGAGGUCUGCUGAUACAUGCAUGUAGAAGGUACAGAUGCCUGGAAAUUUUAACCACACCUGUUCCACAUCCUUCAAAUAAUAUCAAAACGUGGUUAGCAGAUGAGACUCACCACCAGCAACAUAUGUCAAUGCAAAUGGAGAUGAAUUCAGAGAUUACUCUGGGAACAGCAGAAGAGAACAGAGAUGAGAACAUUGAACUUCAGAAAUGUUUGAAGGAAUUUGUGUUAGAAGACCUGUAGAGAUGACAUGCCUUUUUUAUCUGCAUGCAAGUGUACCUUUCCAUGAGAUGGACAAUAUUCUAACAGAUAAAAGGACACCUGAUAGGAGAGUUUGUCUGAGCCCAAUAACUUUUGCUCUGACAACAUGUAACUCUUAAAAUUUGCUUUGGAUCACAGAUGCAAAGCAAUAUCUUGCAGUUUGCCUCAAAAAACCUGAUCUUCAGACCAGUAAAAUUAGAGCAUCUCAAAAAACAUGAGAGGUCAUGUUAUUGAGGUCCACUUGGGUCCACAUUAUAUUCAGGUCCACUUGGGUUAAAAAGAAAUUAAUGUUUCAUAAUGCUACAAUAGCUUCCAAGCACUGUCUGAUAGAUCAAGACCUUUUGAAGAUUGGCUGUUCAUACAAAUCUCAUGCUAGCUAUUCAACAUCAGAUUGAAGUGGUCAUGAGAAAUGGUAGAAGCAAUAAAUGUUUCUGGACACAGCAAGAGAAUCUCACAAGUGUUCUCUAAAACUCAAAACAAAAAAAAAUCCCUUUCUGAGUCACUGCAUUGUGUAAACACACAUCAACCAGAAAGGAGAGAUACAUGUGAAGACAAGGUCUUUUAAUGUUGUAGACUUUGCAGUUGGUAAAAUAAGUAAGACGAGAAAAAUUCAGACGUGGUAAAGAAAACAAAGUUUUCUGCUGUAUUGUGAUUCUUUAAAGUAAGUUUAAUUCAGAGAAGUUAUAAGUUCAGAACUGACAAUUUUUUGCUAUUUAUUUUUCCCUAUCCUAUUAAAGAAUCAUUCCUACUGAUUCCAUGAGGUGAUGAGUUAUGCUAGUUCAUUUUCAUGUAUACAAUCAGGGCAUGUAUACAAUUAUUCUAACUCUUAGCUGGGAGUGUGUUUAUUUGACUAGAAGGGAAUGAAUUGACUUUGCAAGGAAGGUGUUUCUUUUCUGAAAGUGGGAAAUCUAAAUCAAUGAUGGACAUAAUUGUCUGGAAGGUUUGGAAAAUGCCUAAAAAUUACUUGCUUUCAUUACUGGUAAUAUUUUUCCA